AAGAACCCAAGAUAUCACAAGAAAAUUUUGAUUAAAUAGUUUAUCAGAAGUGUGCGAGAGAUAGCUGGCUCAGUAACUGCUCUCUGGACGUUGUUGGUGCACCCUCUCUUCACUACUCGCAGGAGCCCCAGUGUGGUGUUACGUGGAUAGACCUGCAAUGGCCUUCCCGAGGUGGAGGUUGGUGUGUGUGAUGGUGGUGGUGGUGGGCUGUGCCACCUCGAUGUCUUCUAUCGCCUCUCCAACUCAAGAUAUACGAUUGGACUCAGUGCUUCUAGACUGGACCAAUACCCUAGACGAAACGGAAGCGACAGUUUGUUUCCAAAAUGGACGUGAGAACUCUCGGUCAAAUUCAUCCCAGUACGAGUUGGUCAUUACCAAUGACCUGGGCAGGCGGUGGCAACAGCGAGGAGCGUCAAUGGCGGACAAUCGUUGGUGUUUUCCCGGAGUGAUCCUACCAAGAUCAGACCUUUCUAAGACACUGAGAGCAUCGGUAACUCUGAAGGAUGCCAGUUUGAAGACUGUGCUCGCUAGAAAAGAAAUCGAGUUAUUCCCUAUUGUGCCAUGGGUUGAUGGUGUAGUUGUCUCCUGGAGAAACCCCGGGGGCCACACCUUCACCGUCAGGAGGGAGGGUGAUCCUGGUCCCCUUGCCACCUCCCUUACAUGUGACUCCUGCAGCUACAUCGUCUUACCGCAGGACGAGGAAGAGAGCGUGGUUAUCAUAGAAACCCAAUACUCCUCUCCAGCCCAUCAGCUGAGCCGUGUUGCUGUCGGUUACGACUUUCUAGCCAACGCCGAACUACAGUUACUGGAGAUUCAUCAAGUGUUGAGAGACGGUCAACCUCUGGGAACUGACCACAACCUCAGGCUGACCAUUCUACCCCUGGAUGACAUACCAAUGGUGCAAGGGUGGAAACUAAUACUUACAGAUUCUAAUCAAUCUUGGCCUUGUUUAACUCCCGUCAAUCUAAUAACAUACACAAAUAACACAGCAGCGGAAAUCGAAUUUGAAUGCAACCUUAUAGAUUCGAUAUAUAUUUUCUUAGCGGCCUAUGACGACACCAACUUUACUAACAUCAUAGCUUUCUAUUAUGCCAUCGUUUCAAUUGAAGAUCUGGGCACGAGGGUGGCGUGGGUGGGCGGUGAUGGCGACUUGAGAUAUCUUCGUGUUGAGGCCGGGACUUUGGACCAGGUGACAGUGGGGGACCAGCAGUGCUCCAGUGCGGUCAGUCCCUGCUACUUCUCCACUACAGAAUUCCAUGAGAUACCCCAUGAGAUACCUCGGUGUAAGAACCUCACAACUAGCACAAAUGAGACCAUUUUACAGUGUGACGACAUCAUUGGAACAUCACAGAAGAUGGACGAGGUGCCGCAGCUGGUACUGCUGCAGGAGGAGAAGGUUCUUAAGGCUACCUACUCCUUAAAUGCCUCCUCGGCUGAAGUCGUCGUCACCAACUGGACUGACAACAGCGUUUUUCCCUCUGACAGCAACUUCGAAUGUUUGUUUGUUGACACGAGCACGUGCAAAGCGGCUGUCACACAUGGACUUGAGGGAAAGGGCGUGAACACCAUGCUGGUCCUCUUGAACGAGAAAGGAUACGUCACCAACUCCGUCAUUGUUCCGUUUGAGGUGUACAAGGUGUCGGCUCGGACCCUGCUUCAAGACGUGCUGCAGGUGACGUGGGAUGACGCCUCUGCAGGCGUCUAUCAAGUGAGCAUCUCCAACUCGUCAGCGGAGUCUCACGUAACUGUCAACUGCAGCAUUGACGGCGGUCAGGCCGACGCCAGCUGCCAGGCGCACCUCGUACAGCUGGCCCUGGCAGGAAAGUCUUCAGUGACUGUACAGAAGUACGCUGAGAGCAACGCUGUGCUCACCACUGUUGUCAAGGAUGAGUUGGCGACGACGGGGGAGGUGAGGAAGGUGAUGCUUAUAGAUGACGAUACGCCAAUGACGCGAGUCAUUCUUGCGUCAACUAAGCCAGAUAUCCAUAAUGUGACUCUAGUGAGGAUCGUGGAAGAUGCUGAAGAAUCCAAUAGCUUCAUCGAAGACUACUACGAAGGAAGUGUAAAGUAUAUAAACGAUGAUUACGUGUUUGAAUUUUCUGGUGAUAUUCUGCAGUCUGUGGAAAGCGUCGACUUCCUCGUGUUAGGCUACUUAGAUGAUGGCACCAUUGGGGUUGUUGGUGCUGCGUACCUCACACUUAAUGUUCUGCAGGAGAAGAUUGUGUGGGUGGGAGCAGAGACUACGAACUCGUCUGCUUCGGUCCGGGUAGAUCCUGACUCACCGGAUAACGUCAUUAAUGGGUCAAAAGUGUGUUUUGAGGGAGCUUCCUCAUGCUACUACUUGGAGGUCGGAGGAGAGCAGGCGGUGAACAACGUACAGAGGUGUGAGAAAGUGAACAACACGGCGCCUGGAGGUCCCCCUCAAGUGUAUCACUGCGACACUUCGGCCACUCCUUUCACAGAACUGACAUCAGUGACGGAGGUGAAGGUGACGGGCGAGAACCUGCUGGUCACCCUCGGCGCCUCCGUCACCAACGGCUUAGUUGAAGUCAUCGCUUACGACCCCUCAAACCCGGGCAAGGUCUACUCUGACCCAGCUAAUUCGACUUGCAACAGUGAGGUACAGAACAGAAAGUGCACUCAGCCCUUAAAGGGGACGCAAGAGAAGCAGGUGGUGAACGUGCUGGUCGUACAAGUGGAUAACUCCGGCACCGUCCUGGGAUCCACUCUCCUCCAAGCUUCAGUGCCAGUAGAAUCAACUAAAGCAUGGGUCAUCGUUGUGUCCGUCUUGGGCGCUGUUUUUGGCGUCGCGAUCAUCGCAGCCAUUAUCAUCAUUAUUGUGAAGAAGAAGAAGCUGGCCAAGUCUGAGACGAGGUCGAAGUCGUCUCUUGAGGAGGUGAUACACGACACGGCCUACUCCACAACAAACACUCCUCCCCCGGGGCUGUCGCAGGCUUCCUCUUGGAACCCAAGCGGCAGAUCCACCGACUACCAGAAUGAUGAGUUUGCUUCCGGUUCUGUCUAUUUACCAAAAGUGAGCUUGAAGCCAAGAGGAUCCCCUUCGGGACAUUCUCACAGCGAGUACUCUCCUUCCACAUCUAACCGGGACACAAGAUUUUGAAACAUCCAGUGAGACUUUUACACCAGUCAAUCAUCUCAUGAACCAGCACCAGUUAUCAAAUAGCCUAGCAUCAGUCUUCUCUUGUUCCGGAGUCAAUCUCAUGAACCAGCAUCAAUUAUUAAAUGGACAUAAGCAUCAGCCGACUUCUGUGCCGCGAGUCAGUAUCUCCAGAAACAGCAUCAGUCAUCCCAUGAAGGCUGCAAACCCCAUCUGAGGAUCACCGAGAAACUGUUGUGUGAACAGUAUAUAUUAUCUUAUUCGUACAUGCAAUAUAUACAAUACAUUAGAUAUGUUAAAGUGGUUACAUAGUAGGUAAAGUAAUUGUUUAUCAAAAUCACUUUUAAAUACAGCUUUUCCCGCAUAACUUAAAAAAUAUGUUGUUAUUUUAAAUUGUAGGGUUGUUGGGCAAGCAUAUACACAUUGUUGAAUAAGUUAAGCAAAUGAUAACAUGUUUUAAAGUGAUACUUAAUGUUGAAAAGUAUCCUGCAAGACUUUCUUCUUCUGAUGUUGCCCUAACUCUACAGUCAAACUUCUCAGUCUUUGUUUUCAUAACAGUUCCCAAGAUUUACUGUAAAUGGGUCAGUAUUAGUUCUCCCAAAUUUGGCGAAACUAAUUGCCUACGUUUCGGUCUGAUAUUAGGAUCACUUAUACUUUUUCAAUACAUCCCAGAUUCAGCAAUGACCAAAAACGUGUGUCUACAGCUGUAUGUGUGUGAGUGUAAGACUUGAAAGUGGCUACUGUGCUAUAACUAGACUUCAUUCGUGUUUAGAGAGUAGGAAUAUUUCUUUAUUUUUUCUUAACUGUAUCAUGCUCAAACGAGACAUGCAUCUUCUCUACAAUCUUCAGGGAUCCAAAUUUGAAUAUGCUCUCCAAAUUCUCUUGUCAUAUUCCAAAUGGUAUGGGGUGUCACCAGAUUUUACAAAUGUUGCCAAAAUCAUCUAUCGCCUCACCAAGGGCCCCCCACGGCUACUUAAUAUACACCGCCAUAAAAAUACCCUUGCCUCUCAACCUGGACGGUGGAGAGACUUGUUAAAGUUGCGUCGCAGACGUACAUAUUGGACGCAAAAGACAACAUUGUGUUCAGAAUCGUACCUUAUAAUUUGUUUACAUUGUAUUAAUAUACAGGUAGUUCAUAUUAUAGUGCCGUCUACCGUCCCUGUAACACAAGUUUCAUUCCGUGGAGCC